AUGGCCUCCGAAAACACGCAGCAGGCGAAGAAACUCAUUGUCGUGGUCGGUGCUACCGGCAACCAGGGCGGCUCCGUGGCCCGCCGGUUCUUGCAGGACCCUCAGUACGCCGUGCGCGGCCUGACCCGCAAUCCCGAGUCGCCGGCGUCCAAGGAGCUCGCCGCGCUCGGAGCUGAAAUGGUGAAGGCCGAGCUGGAGGAUGUCGAAUCGCUCAAGGCCGCCUUCAAGGGCGCCAAUGUCAUCUUCAGCGUCACCCAGUAUUGGCAGCCCUACUCCCGGCCGGACUGCCGGGCUAAGGCUAAGGAGCUGGGCGUCUCCAUCCGGCAGUAUGCUGGAAUGGUUGAGCUGCAGCACGGCAGGAAUAUUGCUGAUGCUGCGGCCACGGUUGUCGACACGCUCGUGCCGAAUGGCUUCUUGGUGUCGACCCUGAGCCAUGCGGGGAAGUGCAGUAAUGGCCGGUUCACCAAUCUCUAUCACUUUGACUGCAAGGCGGAGAUCUUCCCUGACUAUGUGAACGAGAAGUAUCCCGAGCUGGCAGCCAAGAUGUCGUGCAUCCAUACCGGCUUCUUUACUACCAGCCAUCUAAUCCUGCCCGACUCGUACUUCAAGAAGGACCUGCUCACACGCCCCCAGGUUGCCGACAACACCUUCGAAAUGCGCUUCCCCAUGCGUCCUGACCGCCCGACCUGGCACCUCGACGUGAACCACGACCUGGGCAAUUUUGUCUACGCCGUCAGCAAGAUGCCCCCGGGCAAGGCCUACAUGGCUGGCGAGCAGCGCACCUGGCCCGAGUGGGCCGCCGCCUGGGCGAGCGUCACCGGUGCUACCAUCACAUAUAAGCAGGUCACACGCGAGGACAUGGUCAACGAAACUCCCGAUAAGGAUGUGGGCUUGGAGGUGGCGAUCAUGUUUGAGUAUAGCGAUGAUCCCGGGUAUGACGGAGGGAUGGAGUUGCUUACGGUCGAGGAUCUGCGGAAGGCUGGCUUCGACUGCCCCAUGUCGACCCUGGAGGAGUCGUUCCGUAGGCAGGACUUCGCGUAUGUGCUGAACAAGCCUAUUGCCUCCUCCUGA